CUGGGAGUCUGGGAAUAUGGAAUGAAAUAGGAGACCUGGCGAGCCGAUGUUUUGCCAUGACUCUGGAGAAGCAAGGCCGGGGAGGGGACACCUCGUGCGCAUCGGAGGCUACCGAGCGUGGUAAGUCUGUCAUGCUUAUACUGUAGCGUUAGGAUCUCCCCGUUUUUAGCGAUCGAUCCUACCAAUGACCAUCUUCGACACUCGCAAGCUAGUCGACGCCAUAAUGUCGGCCGCUCGCUUUUCCAUCGCAUACAAACUAGCAUUUCCAGCUGUUCGACUCGUAUCGUACAGGGAAAACAAAAACGACCACAGCGCCUGAUAUUACCACCGCUCUGUUUCGAACCUCGUUCUGGGGAUCCAAACGACUUCAUCGAUCCACCAUCAUCAUGCGGCUGUUUCGCGCAGCAUUCACAGGCAUCAUCGCCACCCUGGCGGCGACUCCCACUUUGACGAAAGCAUGCACCAACUGCACCAACGAAUCCACUGAGCCCAUCGAACCCGCUCCCGCACCAUGGACACUCAAAGGAGACAUUUACGGGAUUUUCCUCCUACCCGGCCUCGGCCUGCCUCUCCUCGGUGCCUCACCUGAAGAUCUCCCCGUCAAAGCCUUCCCGCCGCUGGAACGGAAAUAUCAAGCUUCGAUCGCGGGAGAAUACGUGGGCAAGAUUGGCAUGAUUCAGGUGUUACGGUAUACGGAAAGUCCUGUCGGUCCGUACGAUGAACUGCUCAUCAUUCCGGGGUUUUUUGAGUAUGAGAAUGAGGGGGAGAAGGAGGAAGGGGUGAGAGUGAGUAGGAUCUAUGUCAGUCAAAAGUAUACGUGCUGGAACGGGCGUGUUAACUGGAACAUCCCCAAACAUCUCGCCCGCUUCGACUGGACCUACGAAGCAGAUGGCUCCACAACCGUCAAAGUCUAUCCCUUUGACACCACCAUCCCCAACUCCGAAGCCGAAGCCUUUGCGUCAGAAAAACCUUUUUUCCAGAUGACUUUCGCCCCUCUCCUCCCGGAAAACCUCCUCAACGACACCCUCUCCAGCGUCACCUCCCUCCUCUCCUCUGGCGGCAGCUCCAGCAGCACCAACGGCAUCCUUCCCUCCCUCCUCACCACCCUCACCAGCAACGGCCUCAACCUCAACCCUUCCAUCCCCUUCACAACAGACCUCUACUCUCUUCUCGGAAUCGACGCAACCCUCAAACAACCCCCUGUGCCUUAUGGCAACGACGCCUUCAGUGCUUUGGGAUUUGGAGGUCCGACGUGGAAAUCUGUCGUUCCAGGACAAUUUACCACGCAGGCGAAUUUGGGAACGGUGGAUUUGGAUCAGUCGGGGACUGAUGGCGAGGGAAGUCCUGGAGAGGUGAAUGCCGUCGGGGAUGAGUGGUAUGAGAAUUUUUGGCCCGGAUUACCGAGGGUGAAUGUUGGGAUUAGGAUGAAAGAUGCUACGAUUACGUUCAGCGAGGGGACCGACAUGCCCAACGUGGUUGCAUGAAUGGAGGUUGCAAGGCAGAGCAAAAGACAAGAAAAGAGAUGGAACAUGAGAUUUUAAUUCAGACAAGACACGACGUAGAAUUUAAUUACUCGGCUGGUUUAGUUUUCCAACCGUCUAGUACAACUUAUCGAGCUUGUUGAAGAAUUUGCCGAAUUUGCCUUCCAUCUUCCCAACGCCUUCUUGCAAUCUGCUAUUCUUGCUUUGUAUAGUACCAUCCUGACUGGUUUGAGCCCUCUGCAUCUUCGGAGGCCCGGUGUGCGCUGAAAAUUCGGCCUCUGUAGGCCGGUAGGCUUGUGAAUGCAAAUCACCGGUAUACGCGCCAUAUUGAUUGUGCUGUCCAGCUGCCACUUGUUGAGCGGCAGAGUAUGAAAAGUCGCUGUAGCCGCCGAUUGGGGCCUGCUGUUGCAGUUGCACUGGAGCUGCCGGGGGAGGUGGCAUCCCUGGAGAUUGAAUGGGUGUAUGAGUGGCGUAUGCGGGAGGUGCGGAAGGUGUGGGUGGUUGCUGGCUGAAAGCGGGAGAUGCCUGAGGAUAGUUGGCAUAUUGUGACGCGGGGUUGUAGGUAGUGGCAUGGUGGGUGCCGGGUGGUCCAAAUGAGGACUGUCGGAAGGAGGCUUGAUGGGGCGGUGGUGAAGCAGGUCCAAUCGUGCUAGCUGCCAUUGGUCCAAAUGACGGGGCACGCGCUUGCACAGGGGGUGAUUGUGAUGGUGGAGGUGGAACACUGCCUAGAUGAGGUGGUGGCUGCUGGACUUCUGGCGCGGGUGCACCGGAUGGCGGACCUGGGAAACUAGUUUGCAGCUGCUGGGGAGGGCCAGCAAAGUAUGCUGCGUGCGGAGUCGUUUGAGCAGAGCCAUGAUAUAUGCCUGAAGUGGCAGCGUACUGAGUCUGCGGAGGCAGAUGGUCGUAGCUUGCCGCUGCUUGCAGGCCCGUUCCAGAUGAUCCAUCGUCGGGAGGCGGAGGCGUCUUUUCGCGAUAUGUGACGGGUUCAGGUGGUGCGGGGGCAGCAGGAUUGUAAGCAGCGGGCGCUGUCUGGGGCGAGGCCACACUAGACUGAGGCGUUGGCGGGCCUGGCGUUGAGUGCGCAGAUAGCACGCUUGUGGUCCGGGGUGGGAAAUUGCUGACUAUGGCGGUUCUCUCCAGCUGCUGCACAACAGGACUCAUCGAGUCUCGAUGCUCGGGCAGAGUCUGAGUGGCCGGGGCAUUUUUGAUGAGCAAACGAUCGGGAGGCAUAAGAGUUUUGAGAUGAUUGAGAAAGGUUGCGGCGUCUUUCUCUGUCCACAAGUAUACAUCCAAGGUAUGAAUCUUGUACAGAUAUUUCUGCUCGUUCUUGAGAUCAUAGUUGGGGAGAUGCCAAGUCUGGUGGUCUUGCACCGCCUGUGCGUCCAGCACGAACGACAGCAAUGCCGGCUGUAAGUGAUUAUAUCUCAGCUCAGCGGCGGCGUUCAGAUAGCCAUGGAACGCGUCCUGGUCGGCAGUGCCGGCGUGAUUGGCAAUUUCUAGUUUGGCGUGGGAGCCGGACGUGUUGUUGCAGUAGAGAUAGACAUAGCUGCCUUUGGCGAAUCGAUGGUGUGCAGGCUUUGCCGACGGGUCGUUGAAGUGAUAGUGGACGUCCGCGAAGCUAGCACACUACAGUCAGAAGAGAAGCAAAGCAGCUCCUGGCUGACACUCGUCGUCGUCGUCGUCGCCGCUGGUCCCACCAACUCUUACUCACAGUGUCGUAAGAAGCUGAUCUCCUGGAGCAGCGGGCAUUCUGUCUUGGACAAUGCUACUGUACUGUUUCCCGUGAUGCUUCUCUUCUAUUCUGUGCUGCUCUGCUCUGCUCUACUACUGUACUGCUCUGUAUGCAUUCACCGUCGCAGUAGCAGCCUCUCCCCGUGAUCCCUUCCUACAGCAGGUCGACGAGAGCGAGGUAUGCUCGUCCGGCGUCGGUCAAGGCGAUGAAGUCGUGG